AUGGUGGCUAAUAAGUUUCUCAAGGCUGAGGAAGAGACUCUCAUCAUACGCCUGUUGGAGAGAGGUUACGAUGACCUUCGGUCACAUGCGGACAAGAAGGUCAUCAUCAAUGACCUUGUUGACGAGCUCCGCAGGGUGCAUAAAGGGAGCCACACCCCAAUGGCCAUUUUGAAAAAGUGGUCAGAUCUCAAGAGGCGGCAUCUGCAAAGAAUCCGCCAGAUUCGGGAUGCCCACUGCCCAGGUGCUCGCCUUCCCUCGGUCAGGCGCAGGCUUGACACCAAAGAUUCUUGGGAGGUGUCUGCGUCUGAGGGGGAGGAUGAAGAGCAGCCAGGACCCUCAGGGCCCACAAGUGCCCCUGCACCACCACAUGAGGAGGAGGAAGAGGCUGGACUACCGGCCAUCCAAGAUUCCCCCCCCUCAGCAAUUUUGGAGGAUACGCCAGAGGAGGAAGAGGAUCGAGAUUCUCUCAUCACCACCCCACACAAGCAGAUACUGAAAUCGUUUGAAAAAAAAAUGGCUGCCAUGGAUCGGGAGUAUGCCACUCUGAUCAGGCAGUCCCGGGAGCAGCUCUCCCGCAAAAUAAGGGAGCUCCGUCGGCAGCACUCCCACCAAAUGGCAGUGCUGGAGAAGCAGCACCGUGAAAACAUGGAGGCCAUCAAGCUAUUCCAUGGCCAACUGGAUGCUUUACCUUAA